CGAACACCGAGUAUCAAAGUGAAACAUGUCAGGAUUUUUCUUUUUGGUGGCGGUGGCUCGGGAUGUGGAGGUUGGGAGGGGAGAUACGAGUAUGCAGUCGAGUAUGCACAUGUGCGUGCAGAUGGGGGCGGACAUUUUGUUUCAUGACGCGAAGGCCGUGGGCCAGGUUUGGAAUCCAAGAUGCCAAGAUUCCAAGAUGUGAAGCAUGUUUUUAGUGGGUUGCAGUGCCCACAAGUCACGUGCCUGGCGUUGGUAGUGCAACGGCGCGUAGGACGAGUUUGACGGGG